AUGGCGAGGACCAGGGCCGAUAGCUUGCUCUCCGCCGUUGACACCGUGGAUGCUCGGUCUGUACUGUCAAUGCAGGAACUCGACCCUUCGCCGGUCGACGACAGUCCGCCUGAUAUCGAAACUGGAGACUACUUUCCUGAACCAGUGAAUGUCAUUAGGCGAGCGGAGCCCCGUUCAUUUGGUAUCUCGCGGAUGGGACUCAAAUCUCAUAGCUGGGACUAUUGGCUUUCGGCCAUCCAACGGUAUUCCACCUAUCCACCCACCGUCUUUUUUGCCUUGCAUGCCGCCAAUACGUCUCUCAUUCCUCUCGCCACGCGAUCCAUCCCGUAUAGUGACUCGUUUCUAUUGCUCACGCGACCCAUCUACCAGUCCCCUUCCCUCGAACCUGUAAUGCUAGCGCUCCCCAUUGUCGCACAUAUCGCUUCCAGCUUAGCUUUAGGCAGCAUUCGGGCGCGUAGACGCGCAGAACUUUACGGUGCAGAAUCACGGAGUCAGAGGUAUCUCAUCAGAUCUUGGCCGGUGCCAAGCUUACAGGCGAAACUGGGAUAUGCCAUGAUCCCUUUAUUGGGUCUGCACGUGGGCGUCAAUCGUGCAAUUCCUCUAGAGGUUGACGGAGGAAGCUCGAGCGUUGGGCUGGGCUAUGUCGCACAUGGGUUUGCGCGAAGUCCCGUUUUUUGGAACCUGUUCUACAUCCUCUUUGUCGCAACGAGCGUAUGGCAUUUAGUCGGUGGUCUGGCGACAUGGAUGGGUAUCAGGGUUACUACAGUUCGUACGGAAAGGGGACAAGCUUUGUCCAAAACUACUGGGAUUUUGGGCGAACACAGAAACGAGACGCAAAGGAUGAAGAAAAACAGGUGGCUUGUUCACGGUAUCGCUGGGCUUGUCACCGCCAUUUGGCUCGCAAGUGGAUUGGGUAUCGUAGGACGAGGAGGCUCUGGCUCAAGCUGGGAAGUGAAGAGUUGGGAUAAGCUCUAUGCGAGCGUUCCUGUUAUUGGGGAAUGGCUAUGA